AGCCAUUAUCAUCAGAUAUCAUAGGAGGCAGUAACCUGCGAGCGGCAAGCAACGGGGCUGUGGCCCUGGCACUUUUGCUCCCCUCGCAUCGGGCCAGCGCAGGCGGCCUUCGGGUGUUGCGAUGCCGGUCUACGAGGAGAAGGUGAUCUCGCCCUUGGCAGUGCGUUUCUCCCAGGAGCACAUCCGGACAACUUUCCGCAACAGCCUGCCACUGGAUGAUGUCGUCGCCUUGGUCGAGGCACAGGAAGGCUUUGGACCUUACGAUGUGGUCCUCAAGGCUCCAUUUCCCAACAUUGAGGUAGCGAGGUGGAGGCCGUCACGAAGCAAGUCACAGUAUGGAAUGGCCUCGACACCGGAGGAUGCAGUUCAUUGGUUUGCAAAAGACAACAGGCGGCUGUAUGUGCUUCAACGUGCUGCCACCAAACUGUGGCCCAAAAAGGUCGGCGUUGAAGUGGACGUCCUCUUUACAGUGCCCAGCGAGCUUUUGAAGAAAUAUGACUCCUCCACUGCUGGCCUGUUUGCAGCCCUUGGUGAGUCGCAUUGCAAGAGUUGCAUUUGGAACUGGAUGUCUGCAGUGAGUCCUCCCUCUGGGAGCAUCAACAUGUUCCUGGAAAAGGCAGCCAUGCGGCGGCUGGAGUUGGACGACUCCCUGUGUACCUUGACAGACUUGGUGAGUCUCCCGCGAGCAGCCGGAGCUGGAGCUGCCGGAGCUGCUGGAGCCCCGGCGAAGGGCUCAGAGGACGAGACCUUCACUGCCAGCACAUCCAGUGGGGAGAACGAGAAUGAUGCGAACGAGGAGAAUGCGAAUUUGGAGGCCCUGGAGGCCCUGGAGGUCUUGGAGAAUGAACCUUUUGAUAGUUUGGAGAGUGAGAAGAAUUAUAGCGCAAAGAACGAGGAGGAUGUAGACAAUUUGCAGAGCCCAAGUGUGCCAACAAGUCCUGAAGGCAAUGAGGCGUGGCCCCCUUUUGACCAGCACUGGAAGGUGGUGUCCAGCUUGCUGAGAGGCGUGUGGAGAGGCCCGAAGGGUGAGAGCUACCAGCUGACUUUUGACAAGCCGGGCCACGACUCUGUGCUGGGCGAGUGCUUGCGGUCCACAUCUGAUCAGAAGCCAAAGCCCUUCUCAGUUUGCUACGAGUACGCGACUUGUUUACUCUGGUGGGGCACUCAGCACAAGUUCUGCUUGGACCCUGAGGAGCUACGGUAUAACAGGCACAAUGCUCGCUGGUACGUUGCAGGCAAGGAGAAGCCCGAGUUUGAAUGGGACUUAGUACCAUCUGCCGAUGGGCAGUCCGAGAAGUCAAGGAGAGGACGUGCCAAGCCUCGGAAGGAGGCAGACAGUGCAAAAGCGUGGAGGAGGAAACGCUAGUCCUGGAAGGCGAAGUUGACCGUGUUGGCUCUUGGCAUGGCUCAGAACUUGGCCAUUAUGGUACGUGUCCCGGCGCGCCGGUCAUUUGAGCCCUGCAGAGUGAGGGCGUAUCACCCAAUUUAUUUUGCUUCCGGGCGGCUAUGAGCGUCGUUCCUUGAGAAGCCUGAGUGGCUGCGCAAAGUUCUGCACAGGCUGUCGAG